CCCCGGCUCUUCCCUAAACAAUUACCCAGCUUCCCCCGCGAAACGAGGCUAUUCCCUUUCCCCACGUGAGCCCUCUGCUCUGGUCUCUCGACCGUUUCUCUUGUCUUCUUCUUUCUUUUCGUUGUGUCUGGUCCGCGCGCUGCUGCCCUUCCCGCGAUGGCGUCCCGAUCCCCCACGGCGGUCACUCCCCUACCAAAAUCAUCCGUCGCGCCCGAGACUCCGAUGGUCAAGGACGCCCCCGCAACCCCCCAGGCCGUUCCUUUUCCUUCUCCACAGACAUUCGACAUAGUCCCGCCGUUGCAUGGCCUCCUUUCGCGUCUUCUAUCGCCGCCAACGAACGCUGCUGGAGUCUCCAAUGGCGUGAGAGCGGCCGAUGAUCCUACCGGCGCUGCUGCUCCUACCGGUCCGCCUUCAGGCACCCCCGGCCAACCUCAAUCGCAGCAACAAGCCGGGGCCGAGAAUACCAACAAUGCUGGAGUCCUGGGGACAGUGACUUCAGCUGGUCCAGGCGGUGCAGAAAUAUCCGGCUUGGGUUCGGGUACCUCUCCAGCGCUCGAUAUCAAGGACCUUCCGACAGAGGUCAGCUCGAUCAAAAUUCGGAUUCAGAAGGCACAGGCCGUGGUGGAAAACUUACCAGACGUUGAUCGGUCGGUUGCUGAUCAGGAAGAAGAAAUCCAGGAGCUGGAGGACCGAAUUGCAAAGCUCAAAUCGGUCAUCUCCGACUUUGGCCAGAUGGCAAGCUCAGGAGGUGCUAGGAAGCACAAGUCCCAGGGACCUUGAGGGUGUGCAUAGAAGGAGAUGUGAAUGUAUAUGUGCAAGUGUUGAUGUCAACUGCUCUUGGUCGAGCACACCGAGCACGUCAAGCCCACGACAAGUAUCCGAGAACAACCUCCCUGGCAAUUUUCCGCAACCCUGAUGGUGAAGAGCAACUUAUUCCGAGCUUGGAACGGAAUCAAAAAUUGAGGUUCUGCCGGGGAUAGGGGUUUAGAGAAUAGAGCUCCG